AUGGCCGCUAGCACCGCGCCUCCGCCAAUACCGGCACUCGCCCCAGGCACCGUCAUCCGCGCCCAGCGGGGCGCGUCACCGCCGCCCGGCAACCUGGAAUCUGGCGAGCGAUCCCCCCAAUUUUGUUUACUCGCCUCGGGCUCCAGCUCGCCGCCGGGGCCCCAAUGCCUGUGCUCCGGCUGCCGCGCCAGCGGCAUCCGUGCUAGCAGCACCAUACAUGGUGCUAUUAUCAACACCACUACCACCACGUGCGACGGCGACAACGACGACGACGGCGUCGCUCCUCCCUACUCGUUCUCACAUAGCAACCCCAGACACUCGUACACCUCCGACUGCAGCUCCUCGACGACGCGCACGCAUCAAUCCAGGCCGUCCCGCUCGCCCACACAGUCGAGCGUCUCCACGUCUGCCACCAGCGUCGUCGACUCAGACGGGCCAGGAGACCACCACCACCAGCAGGCCGCACCCCCAAGCCGUCGUCGGCAGGCCGUCCCCACCAACCGCAGCAGGCGAGACAAAGAGCUGCUGCAUGCAGCGCGCCAGCAGCGGUCAGGAAUCAACAGGCCGCCGCCGUUGGGCCCCGACAAGACAAAGGACGCGGCGAGAGCGCCCUGGCUGCGUCACAGAGGCUCCAGUGGGAGCGCCAACGCUGCCCAUCGCACAACCAGCAACACCAGCAACCCCCUCGACGACGCCCGAGCAGCCCUCGAGCCGCCGCAUGACCAGAUUCUCACGAGGAUGACGUUUACCGAACAGCAGCGCUGGAUCACCGUCCAGCAAAAGACGUUCACAAAAUGGUUGAAUACCAAGCUUGAUGCCCGGGAUCUCGAGGUCAAGGACUUGGUCAGCGACCUCAGCGAUGGUGUGAUGCUCAUCCAUCUGCUCGAAUGCCUCUCCAACGAGUCCCUCGGCCGCUACGCCUCGAAACCGAAGUUGCGCGUGCAAAAGUUCGAAAAUGCCAACCUGGCCCUGGACUUUAUCAAGUCCCGCGGUAUUCAAAUGACGAAUAUCGGUGCCGAAGAUGUCGUCGACGGCAAUCGCAAGAUCGUCCUCGGCCUAAUAUGGACGCUGAUCCUGCGCUUCACCAUCAGCGACAUCAACGAAGAGGGCAUGUCAGCCAAGGAAGGCCUGCUGCUUUGGUGUCAGCGAAAGACAGCAUGCUACGACGAGGUCGAAGUGCGAGACUUCAGCGCCAGCUGGAACGACGGGCUGGCGUUUUGUGCCCUGCUCGACAUCCACAGACCCGACCUCAUCGACUUUGACGCCCUGGACAAGUCGGACCACCGCGGCAACAUGCAGCUCGCCUUUGACAUUGCCCACGAAGAGAUCGGCAUCCCCAAACUGCUCGACGUUGAAGAUGUGUGCGAUGUUCCCAAACCUGACGAGCGAAGUCUCAUGACCUAUAUAGCGUACUGGUUCCAUGCCUUCUCUCAGAUGGAAAAGGUCGAAAACGCCGGUCGCCGCGUCGAAAAGUUCGUCAACAACAUGCAAGGCGCCUGGGAGAUGCAGAGUGCCUACGAGCGGCGCAUGCGUCAGCUCCUCAAGACGCUCAGCAACCAGGUCGAACAGUGGCAAGGAGCCAAGUUUGAAGGCACGUAUGCUGACGCCAAGGCGCAGGCUGCUGAGUUCGCCGAGUACAAGCGCGGGCUCAAGCGAGAGUGGGUGGCGGAAAAGAGCGACCUUGCCACGUUGCUGGGCAAUAUCAAGACCAAGCUGGGGACAUACCGGCUUCGCCCGUAUGAGCCGCCCGCCGAGCUGCGGCUGGAGGUGCUGGAGCGGGACUGGGCGACGCUGGCCAAGGCCGAGAUGACCCGGGCACAGCUGAUAAACGAGACAAUUCGAGACAUCAAGAACGCCCUGCGGAAGUCUUUUGCGGACAAGGUCAACGACUUCGCCAUGGCCCUCAACACGAUGCAGCUGGCCAUCUCCGGGCUGGACGGCGACGUCGAGGAUCAGUUGCAUCACGUCAGGAAGCUAAGCGACAACCUCGCCCCGCUAGACCGGUACCUGGAGACCAUCGCGGCCGUUGACGCCAAGUGCACCGAGGCCAACAUCGAGGAGAACGACUUCACGACGUAUACGUACGAUGAGCUGUCGUACGAGCUGGGGCUUGUCAAGUCGUCGGUGCAGAAAAAGCUGUCGUUCCUGGAGAACCAGAUGGUGGCACGCAACAUGACGAACCUGACGCCGAUACAGCUCGAAGAAUUUGAGAGCGUGUUCCGGCACUUUGACCGCGACGACACCAACUCGUUGCAGGAGCUAGAGUUCAGCGCCGCAUUGGCGUCUCUGGGGUUGGUCUUCUCAGAGGACGAAAUGCACGACUACUUUGUGGAGACGUCCAACGGGCGCGACUACGUCACGUUUGAGCAGUUCAUCCGGUUCAUGGUGGACGUGACGGAGGACCAGAAUACGGCAGAGCAGGUGUUCCAGUCGUUCCGGGAGGUGGCCGAUGGCAAACCGUACGUGACGGAGAUGGAUCUGCGGCACAGCCUGGUGCCGGAUGAGGUGAUUGACCAGCUAGUGGAGAUGAUGCCGCCGCACAAGGGACCAGACAUGUCGGGCGACCGUGGCCAGCCGCAGUACGACUACAUCUCCUUCAUGGAGAAGCUCAUCAACGAGGAGCGGGCGGCAGCGGCGACGGGGGCAGCGACAGACGUGCCAAGCGGCGUGCUCCAAGACAGGACCAAUGUCGGCGAGGCGAGCCCGCGGCGGGAUACAAAGACGAACGGCAUGGGCCGAUGA